UAUAGAUCAAUCACUUACAUAAUCGUCUAUUUUUAACGUUUUGGAAAAAAGUCUCUUACUGUAGGAUGAAACAGGAAACAAACAUAAACAGUACUUUUUAUAUGUAUAAAACAGCAAUGUGUGAGUAAAGUUCUCGACGGACGGCGAGAAUAUAAAGAGUUGUCGUAUGCGGCGUGUAUGUCUACAAUGAUUCAGAAAUACGUUAGCCAUAACUAGAGAAUGGGCAAGGAUGGAAAUGCUGAUAAAAAUGAUAAGCAGUCCGAAAGCGGCAAUGACACCACGUCGGUUACAGAGAACUGUGAUUACAUCAACAACAUAAUGUAUGCGCUGUCCCUCUAUCCUCCUAUCGAUACAUCGCAGGAUGAACAAGGAGGAGACAAUGGGUCGAGGGAAAAUAAUAAACCGCCUCGUUAUCCAAAACAUUGUACUCAUGUAAGCAGACUGCAAACAUAUACUGGUUGGCCACAUUCGACCCCGACACCUUAUUCACUUGCGAGUGCAGGCUUCUUUUAUACAGGUCAACACGACCUGGUUCGAUGUCACCAUUGCGGUAUAGGCCUCAAAGAUUUCAGCCCGGUUGACGACCCUAUGACAGAGCACAUCAUACAUGCUGACAACUGUGACUUCCUCAUUGAUAUGUACGGGUUGGAUAUAUUGAGACAACACAGGGAAACGAUGCUGCAGGCACAACGACUUCAAGAUUUGCAAUCUGAUCGAGACCAAGUGUCGAGGGACAAUAAACAACCGCCUCGUUAUCCAAAACAUUGUACUCAUGCAAGCAGACUGCAAACAUAUACUGGUUGGCCACAUUCGACCCCGACACCUUAUUCACUUGCGAGUGCAGGCUUCUUUUAUACAGGUAAACAAGACCAGGUUCGAUGUCACCAUUGCGGUAUUGGUCUGAAAGAGUUCAGCCCGGUUGACGAUCCUAUGACAGAGCACAUCAGACAUGCUGACAACUGUGACUUUCUCAUUGAUAUGUACGGGUUGGAUAUAUGGAAACAAAACAGGAAACAACGACUUCAAGAUUUGCUUUCUGAUCAAAACCAAGGCCUCAACAGACAGAAUGUAUCCUACCGUAGACCAGAGUUCGAGAGCUACAAUACACGCCUCGCAACGUUCGACAGAUGGCCGAGAGAAGUGUCGCAGAGGCCCAUACAGCUUGCAGAAGCUGGUUUAUAUUACACAGGUGUGACCGACCACGUACGAUGUUUCGCUUGUGACGGGGGCCUGAGGAACUGGGAGGAGGGAGAGGACCCUUGGAUAGAACACUGCCGCUGGUUUCCGGCUUGUCCCUUUGUCAGGGGAACCAAGGGGGACGAGUUUAUUGCGCUCAUUCAGACUAUAAAUAAGGAAGAGAACAAAGAACACUCUGAAGACAUUCAGACCUCCGGUAAUGCCAACAUUACUCCAAGUAGCAGCCAUCUUCAGGAGCAUCGGCGCACGUGCACCGUGGAAUGCGGUAUUUCCGAGGAAGAAUUUGCAGAGGCUCUACUGCAACUCAGAGCAAGUGGACAUCAAAAUCCACAAUUAGACGAUCUAAUAAAUGAAAUAGAGAAACUACAAAGACAAAAGUUUACUGAGCAAGUGCCACAGGAGACAGACGAUAGUAUUCUUAUGGAGAACGCUCGUUUGAAUCGCAUCUUGAAGUGCUAUCAGUGUAAAGUCAAUGACGUAAACGCGCUAUUUCUGCCGUGUGCACAUCACCGAAUGUGUAUGGAAUGCGUCAUCAAAUAUGACGUUACGUUGUGUCCUGUUUGUGAUUGGAAAAUUUUGGAAAUUGUAAAAACCUUUUUAUAUUAAAAAUCUUGUAUAUACUGUAUACAUGAGAAAUGAUGUUAUUUUUCAACAACAUUAACUAUUGCAUGAAAAAAUACUCGUUGUUUUAUAACUUGAAAAAAAGCUAUGAACUUUAUGAAUGUUAUGAGUUUGUAUUAAUGCAAUGAACAAAAAACAGCUUGGCUAUACUAACAGACAGUAUAAGUUGAUAUACUACAUUCGAUGGGCAUUGUGUUUCUUAACUUAACCUAUAGCUUUUCCUUAUCCCUUGCGAAAGGUGAGCGAAGCAUUAUUUGCACGGGUGUUUUGUUGAUAAAGGAUGCAGGAGUAAUACAUAUAUUGUUUAGUGUGGAAAAAAUACAGCCCGAGUACCAAAUGCCAUGGUCAAUACAUUCAUAUGGGUAUCGCUGAACUUAUAUAUUUAAAAAAAAUAAAGUUUAACAUGGGACGUUUCUUGUAUGAAAAGUGAAUUUUGUGAGUCAGACUCCAACUUUUUAUAUUCAUUAUUACUUGUACUAUGUAGUUUAAAAUCUAGUACUAUGAUGACAACUUGUUUACCAAUAUGUCGUAGUUAAGAGUACAUGUUUGACCCGAAUCUAGGUGAGCUAUGUCCAUCAAUAAAUAUAAGAAACUUUGAA